AUGGAGUAUAUCCGUGGACUGCAUAAUUUUGUACCUUGCACCACCUACAGCAAGGAAAAUGAAAAGGACGCUACUUCUGCUAGCCAAGCCUUGAACGCAGCUUGGUCAGUUUUGCGGGAUGCACAAAGCCGUGCCAACUACAAUCGCGGGAUCAUCGACAAAGCCAUAGCGGAGGAAGCCGAGGAGAAGAGGGCUAACGCUCACUCACGACAUGCUGCAGCACAGAAACGUAGGGUGGAGGAAGUUGCGACUGCUUGCGCUGCAAAGAGGGCAAAAACGUGCCAGCAUCAGAAGGGCGCAUCGGGGAAAACCUCUACCUCCUCUACAAGUGUGCCUGCCACAUCCAAGCCUGGUUCAUCAAGUUCUGCGCCUGCUUCAGCUUCUACUCAGCACUUUGAGUUUUGCAAGCUACUCGAACACAAGGGGUUUGCCACGUGCAAGUCCACCAUGCAGAAACAGCUGCAACGCAAGUUCGAGCACAAGGGCUACGCAGGAGCUGCUCAUGCCCUGGCGGUGGCCAAAGAGUUCCAGAUAGCAACUGAGAAAUUGGUUACAGAAACCUUGGGGCAAACGAAACUCGAGGGGCUGAAGAAGUUCUGCAGUGACAAUGAGAUUGAGAUCCCUGCUGUGACGCGUUUGACAAAAGCUUUCUUGUAUGAGUUCAUUGAGGAGGCCUUCUACACGCGCAAGAGCGGCAAGCUUGAGGCGAGACUGAGGGAGGCUUACCGAAAGAGCACAGGAGUCAAUUCUACCCCAGCUGGACAAGCAUCUGUCAAGCAUGGUGUGGUUGUGGACAAAAUGACAGGCAAGUUCAUGGCAACUUACGAUCUUGGAAAAGCUCACGGGUCCAUUUGCAAGAUUUUCCUGUGCAAGGAGGAUGCCGACUUUUGGUUCGAUACCAUGCACAGUCUCAUGCUAAAAGGCAGGUUGGCUGGGAAUUUGGCAACUCUACGAAAAGCUGAAGCAACCAGGAAAGCAACGGCAGCAGCAGUUGAGAAGAUCCUCAAGGAAAACAUCAGCAUGGAAGGUGAGACCAGCAAGAAGUUUGCCCGAAAGGAAACAGAGGGGAAAGACUUUUUCGAUCAAAUUUUCACCAAGAAGAAUGAAGCUCUACCACCUUCAAGAAUCCGGGUGUACAAGCAAUCGCUGGAUCAGAUUUUGCUCAUUGCCGCGGAGCAUGCUGUUGAGGGUUACGUCCUUGCUAUGUGGCAUUCAACUCUUGGAUGGCGAGCUCUGACAUGCAUCUUGACGGGAGACAAGUGCACCGAAAAGCAAGUGGACGAGUUCAUGAAGGAAUCUAGUUUGGUGAAGGUUGGGGUGAUUUCAUCAAGUACUAGCGCCACACCACCUGAUGAUGCUGUGCAGAAAUUUCACAAGUUAGCCAAGUCAGAGAAGGAUGCGCUCCUACUCCACGUAGUGAAAGACAAGCACAAGGUUUACUACAAGACUUUUCAACUUGACACCAAGACGAACAAGUUUGAAGAAAGUGACAUGGAAUGCCAGGUUCGACGCGCUGUCGGAGAGAUUUACCAGGUUCUUGGUACUGGAUGUCAAGCUUCAACGGAGACAAUGGCUGCAAGAGCAAAAGAAGCAGUGAGGGCGGCUGUCGCGCAAAAGCUCUACAAGAAGAGUGAGACACCUACGCUGGUCAAAAAGCAGAUCUGCUCCAUCCCACCAGAUGGACGUUGCUUUUGGUAUGCAUGGAUCGCGUGUUCUACUCCGGACAAAUGGUGGACCAUAGAUCGAUCAGAGGCUGGGUACGCAAAGUCCAAAGAUCGCUUGAAAACAGAGGAGGACAUGGGGGAACGCUUGCUUCAGGAAGUUACAGACAAGCUGAUUUCGAUCUCAACUUCAGAAGAGAUGACCAAGUUUUGCAAAGAGGUUAAGGAUUUCAAACAAGUGCCUUUAGAGAUGGCGCACCUGAUCGGAGUCUUCUUUGGGUGCUGUUUUCGCAUCACACUGGACGAGAAGGUUACCGAGCACUACCAGGGACCUAGCGAUGCACUCUAUGGGCAAGAAGGUUCUCCGCUUUGUGGUCACUUUCACUUCAAGUACCUGACCAAAGACUGUGGGCACUACGAUGUGUUGAUUGAAGACACCCAGGGCCAUCCAGGAAGCCUUGCCUUUCCUGAUGGUGGAUUUCUACCACAUUGCACAGAAGAGAAGCACUUUGCUACCAGGGUUCAGAAGUUGAUGGGUCAAAAUGGCAAUGAUUCUGGCACCGCACCCUUCAAGUAUGCUGACAUCCAGGCCUUUGCAUACAAGCCUACUGAACCAGAGACCAAACCUCCUACCCUGAAACCAGCACAAGGAGAGGUGCCCGAAGAUCUUCGCAGAUGGGCUUUUGAUACGACGCCACUGGAACACAUCAUGGUAGAGAAGGGAGUGAUGAUCCCAAAGCGCGUGAACCUGCAGAACAAAAGCAUGAACCUGCAGAACCUGCAGAACCUGCUGAACCUGCAGAUUGCAAUCCCACCAGCCAUACCACAGGAGAACAUGAAGUUUGAACUGCCCUACCUUCAGAAAGACCUCUACGCAUGGGUUCUUGACAACGCGGUCUGUUUUGAGCGUCCAAUACCAUUCAAGCCAGCCAGUGGUCCUCAAACUUUCAUGACUGUCAACCAAGACUUUUGGCAAAAUUUCAAUCUAGGCAACCUAGAUGGAAAAAAACAAGCUGAGAAGUUAUUCCUGAUUACCCUCGGCAUCGAUGAGACUCAAUCCAUCUUAGUUGGGGAUCAGCGCUUCUUACUACGCUCACAGCGGGUGGGCCAGACUGGACGGGUGCAUCUUGCCGUCAAGGCAUUGGAUUUUGCGAUUCUUGGGAGCGUGGAAUUUGGGGCGCAAAUGGAGUUCAAGAGCUACACCACAUUCCGUCGUUGGAAUGGCUACAAGGAUUGCAAUACCAGUGAAAUCGAACGCAAUGUGAUCACAAACCGUUUGAAAGCUGGCAAAUCUGUGUAUGCAAUAGAACUCCGUAACCCUCAGCAAGCCACCGAAAGUUUGCGCUGGAUCUCAUGUGACAGGAACCUGACCCCCAAAGUGCGAUGUGUGGAUUUUGCGGAUGUGCAGCCGGUUGCACAGAUUCCGAAGGACCUCCAGAAGUUGAAGGGGGAGAAGCCGAGUUUUAGCCUCAAAGCCACAGCCCACUAUUUCGUGGAUAUGCUUUCACAAGCAGAAUACAAUAUCCUCAAAGAAAUUUGUGGUGCCUUGAGCAGAGCCGGGAGGGAGGUCCUCAUUGGAACUACUUGCAGCGGGCUAGAAACGGGCGGGAUGGUGGUUGAGAAAACCUUUGCUGCACUCAAUGAAAGAUUCAAUACCAAUGUCAAAGUGAGAUCCGUGUUUGCUGCCGAAUUGAUUCAGGAGAAGCGCGCAUUUAUCCAGCGUGCCCACUUUGGCAAGUUGGAUCACAUCUUUGGUGAUGUUUCAGAGUUGGUCAAAGGAGUGACUUACCAGGCAGGCUACAGAGAUAUGAUCGAAACAACAGAGGCAAAGCUGAGUUUUUAUGAGAAUGUCAUCAAAGGUGGCAGGGAAAAGCCUGGAGCGUAG